AUGGUGUCAGGAGCGGACUUUGCUUUCCCGCCGGGCUUCAAUCGCCCGCCAUCCGGGCCAGGCUUCCGGGCACAGUCCGUGGUUGGGCGGUUCCCCGAGGCCGAGCUGCUUUGUGGCUCUCUGCAGGAGCAAGCUUGGGGUGAGGACGAGCAGGACGACAUGGCGAGUAGACAGGAAUGUGGGACUCCUCCACCUGCGGAAGAGCCACCACUGAAGGAAUUGCAGGCUCUUCAGUUAGAUCUGGGACCAGUGAAUAACCAAGCCACCAAGGCUCAUGAACGCCUAAAACAGAAUCUGAGCAAGAGGCAAAAGACUCUCCUGGAUUCCAGAAGCAGCAACAUCCGGGGCAUCCCUGGCUUCUGGGCCCAAACUUUUGUGAACCAUCCCCAGCUGUCAGCAAUGAUCAGUGACCAAGAUGAAGACAUGCUUAGCUACAUGAUCAAUUUGGAAGUACAAGAACUCAGGCAUCCCAAGAGUUCCUGCAAAAUCACCUUUUACUUUAGAAAUAACCCAUACUUCCAGAAUGCAGUGGUUGUUAAGGAAUUCGUCGUGGAUAUCACUGGAUAUAGGUUGUGCCAUUCCACUCCCAUUCUGUGGCGUCAGGAUUAUAAAAUUGAAGCUGACAGUCACAGAAACCACAACAAGAGCCCAAACUUCUUCAACUGGUUUACAGACCACAAUUUUGCAGGCUCAAACAGGAUCACUGAGAUCAUCAGAAAAGACCUGUGGCUCAAUCCAUUGCACUACUACAAGAUGAUGAAAGCACAUGAAGAGGGGGAAGAAAAUGAAUCCCCUAUGAAUCCAGAUGCUUACCAGGACUUCCUGUGA